UCCCAUCCCAUGGAGCUGGAGGGGCAGUGGUGGAAAGGACAGCUGGCUGCUGAUAUUCAUCAAGCACUCCGAUACAAGGAGUUGAAGUUGCCCACCUAUAAAGGCCAGUCACCUCAGCUAAAUCUCAGGCGGUAUUUUGCAGAUCUGAUUGCUAUUGUGAGCAAUCGCUUUACUCUUUGCCCUGCAGCUCGGCAUCUUGCUGUCUAUUUGCUUGACCUCUUUAUGGAUCGAUAUGACAUCUCCAUCCAGCAGCUGCAUUUAGUUGCACUUUCCUGUUUGCUUCUAGCAAGUAAAUUUGAAGAAAAGGAAGAUAGUGUGCCCAAACUAGAGCAGCUGAACAGCCUUGGUUGUAUGACUAACAUGAAUCUAGUAUUAACAAAACAAAAUUUGCUACACAUGGAACUACUGCUAUUAGAAACAUUUCAGUGGAACCUCUGCCUUCCAACAGCUGCCCAUUUUAUUGAGUAUUAUCUUUCUGAAGCAGUACAUGAAACAGAUCUGCAUGAUGGCUGGCCAAUGGUUUGUCUGGAAAAAACCAAAUUAUACAUGGCAAAGUACGCUGAUUAUUUUUUGGAAGUGUCACUGCAAGAUUAUGCCUUUCUAAAUUACGCACCUUCUCUAGUAGCUGCUGCAUGUGUGGCUUCAUCAAGAAUCAUUCUUCGUCUUUCCCCAACGUGGCCUACUAGAUUACAUCGCCUAACUGCCUACUCUUGGGAUUUCCUGGUGCAGUGCAUUGAACGUUUAUUGAUUGCUCAUGAUAAUGAUGUAAAAGAAGCCAACAAACAGAAAGGACAGCCUGGCCCCCAGCAAGGUCAGCUGAGUGUGUUUCACCCUGCAUCCCAAACGACACGACCAGUCCCCAUCCAGCAGCCUCAGUAUCUCCAUCAGGCACAUCCAACCUCACUGCAGUAUCGCCAUCCAGUGUCAGAGCAACAAAACUGUCAACAGAUAGUAUCUACCAGCACUCACACCUCAACCUACACAUUACAGACUUGUCCUACUGGCUUACAGACCAACGUUCAAGGCCUUGGGCAUGUGCAGACUGGUGUUGGCAUGUCCCUGGCAAUACCAGUAGAGGUUAAACCAUGUCUUAGUGUUUCUUAUAACAGAAGUUAUCAAAUAAAUGAACAUUAUCCUUGUGUCACUCCAUGCUUUGAGAGGUGAGGAUUUGUCAACAUAAGCAUUGAUCCAAACUUUAUUCUCAUCACCUCUAAGGAUAUAGAUUAAAGAGAACGAACUCUAUUCAGAAGGAAAGCAGAGCUGAAUGCUAACAAGAUUUCAAACAUUGAACCCACUAAAAUUGAAUUUAAAAUAUUCCUUUCAUUGCAUCAUGUAUCCAUGAGGAAAACUGAAAUAAUAAUUACAAGCAUGUCAAAUCUGUUGCAUGUUAUUUCCACAAGAAUCUGUAGAGCAAAA